AUGGACCACGCAUUAACGGCAGGGAGAAUCAUCCAAGGUAGAAAGAGGGCGGGAAAGCCGAAGCACUGCUUCUUCCUGGGCGUGAAAAAGGCAUACGAUACAAGCAUGGAGAAAUGGGCUGUGGAAAAAACUUGUACGAAGAGCGCGGUCAUGUUAGACGGAGAACUGUCCAAAUUCUUCGACAUUGAGCAGGGGGUCCCACAAGGUUGCACGCUGUCCCCAACAUUGUUCCAGGUGUUCAUCAACGAUCUGUUGGAAGUCGUAGAGGCAGUCCGGAAGGGAGUAAAAGACACGGAAACGUCGGUUUCAGGAAUGCUGUUUGCGGAUGAUUUUGUCGGUAUGUCGGACACCCCAGAGGGACUGCAGCUGCAAAUUGACGCGGCGAAGAAAUGGAAGUGGGGGGUCGAGGAGAUUGCAGUAGUGGACCAGUACACAUACCUCGGAGUAGAGAUCGCAAAAGACUGCUCGUGGAAUGCACACAUGUCCAAGGUAGCGGAAAAGGGCAAAGCACGAGCAGGGAAGCUGCACCCAAUACUCGCAAACCGGCACCUCGAUACACGCAUCAAAUUGAAGGUUUUGAAGAGCGUAAUCGUACCGCCGCUAAGGUACGCCGGAGAAGUAUGGGAAGAAAAUAAGAUGGUAGUGAAAGAACUCGAGGCGGCGCAGAUGAAAGCAGCGAAAAUCAUCCUAGGAUGCCCCAAGCGCACAAAGUGUACGAAAAGCGCGGUCAUGUUAGACGGAGAACUGUCCAAAUUCUUCGACAUUGAGCAGGGGGUGCCACAAGGUUGCACGCUGUCCCCAACAUUGUUCCACGUGUUCAUCAACGAUCUGUUUGAAGUCGUAGAGGCAGUCCGGAAAAAACACAAGAGCACGCCCCCCCCCUCAAUUCACGUGACAGGCGAGUAGUGUCCGAUAGAGAGUGCAGCAGUGGGGAAUCCCAUCUAGCCGUACAUGUGUAAACUUGACUGACCCCAGCGUCCUUGCUUUGUCCGUUGUCUGUGGCCUGUAAAAAUGUCACAUGUGCGCAUCAUGUGUUUGGAUGUCACAUACGGUAGAGGACUCGGUGAUUCCCGCACUGCACUGACGAUCCCUGAUGAAAUGGUUCCCUCCUUUGCCGAUGGUGUAUCCUCGUGUGAUGAUGAAGAAUGCGGUAGCGUUAUGAUGUACCGCACAGCGUUGUUCUACUGUAGUUGCCGAACUUCGUCGUGGCUGCCAUGAUAAUUGUUGUCUAUCCCAGCUUGCACCUCGCUCAUGCUUGUCCUUGCCCAAAACUUGCAAAGACACGUGACCUCCGCCGGUUCUCUCCCUACUUCCCUUCCUUGGUUUGGGGCCAUUGCUGUCCAUCACUUCGCCUACGCUCGCUGAAGUCCGUCGUACUUCAGGCGGCGGCGGCGCCGGCCGACACGGCGAAGGCCAACAAGUCGAAGAAAGGCCAGCAGCCCCAGGCGAGUAUAGAUCCCUCCCCUCGCACCCACCCGAGUGUUCACCGGGAUGCAACACAAAACCCGAACCUACCCCAUUAUCGCAUUUUCACGUUACGCAUCAUCUCUCACCUGUAUUGGCUGUCUUGCUGUCUGCCUAGUACCAAAUACUUGUGGUGCCCGCUGGCUGUUUUCCUUCGAGUACUCUAGGUACGAUAGCGUUGUGGACAUCCAUCCACCUGUAAAUACUCCCGCGUUCAUUAGUAUGAGCCCCGACAUCAAUGUAGACUACGGUCCUGGUAGCGGUCGGAAUGGCACGUGCGGUUGGUUUCUUGCUUGUUGCCAGCGCCUGUAAGGAAGUUGACCGUGGCCGUAGAGCUCGCAAAUGCAGCCACUGGAGCAGCAGUCGUGCCGCUGUCACCCGGUGGUUGGUGCGAAGGAAAUGUGUCACAACGAACAACCCAAGGCGUGCAUGUCGGCGGGAGAGACUCUCAAUCUGCAGGAAGCUUUAAGGAAUGCUUCCCGGUACAGACACUCCGUUUCGCAUAUCGUCCGGGAUGUCUGGCCAAUCCGAAGAGCGUGAGGGCUUCCUUGGCCGCGCACGGCGUCACUGCUGAACGUCGGUUAUCGUCCUCAUGCUCCGCGGGCGUCGUCUGUACAUUCAACAUGCAUUCCCGGUCUCAAAAAUCG